AAUCAAAUUUCGAUUUCUUUCUUUUUUAUAUGUCGAUUAGACCGAUUAAUGUCGGUUUAAACGGUUGUUUUUCGCGUCGUCUACAAUGAAUCUGUUACGAGAUCACAUUCAUCUGGCCGGCAGGACGGCAGAGAUGUCGGGCACAUGGUACUAUCCCCCGACGGUGUUGGACGAGGACGGUUACCUGUGGGGCAGCUGUGCCGACCACUUGGACAGGAUGUUCGAGAACCGGGCGGCCAUGCGGUAUUACUACAAGUCUGUGCAGCCGGACGCGCCGGUGCCGUUGAUAGGCCGCAAGGAACACGUGGCAGUGGCAGUGGCGUUCGUCGAAAACCUUAUCACUUACUAUCAGCCCCUUUUGGCCGUGGACGGACUACGUCACGAACUCAGGAUUCAGGCGGUGGCGUUGAUCAACGAGGCAAAAGUGCUGCUAAACUUCUUGACUUCUAUGAGGCCUUGA